AUGGCUUCCCCCGAUCUCGAGGCCGCCACUGCCCUCAAGGUGCAGGGGAAUAAGGCCUUCGCUGAACAUGAGUGGCCUACGGCUAUAGAUUUCUACACUAGAGCCAUUGAGAAGUAUGAUAAGGAGCCGUCGUUCUUUAGUAACCGUGCUCAGGCACAUAUCAAGCUUGAGGCGUAUGGCUUUGCGAUCGCUGAUGCCUCCAAGGCACUGGAGCUUGACCCCAACUAUGUCAAGGCCUACUGGCGCCGAGCCCUUGCGAACUCCGCUAUUCUGCACUACAAGGAAGCCCUGAAAGACUUCAAGGCCGUGAUCAAGAGAGAGCCCAACAACCGCGAUGCCAAGCUAAAGCUUACCGAGUGCGAGAAGCUCGUUCGUCGGCUUGAGUUCGAGAAGGCGAUCGAGGUCGGUGAUCCGCCUUCCGCUUUUGAAGAUCUGGAUAUCGAUGCGAUGGUCGUGGAUGAGAAGUAUGAUGGUGUGCGCUUGGAGAAGGAAAUGACGCAGGAGUUCAUUGAUGACAUGAUCGAGCGGUUCAAGAACGGAAAGAAGAUCCAUCGCAAAUACGCUUUCCAAAUAAUCAAGGCCGUCAAGGAUCUUGUCUAUGCGGAGCCGACGAUGGUGGAGGUGGGUGUUAAGGAGGGUACUAGGUUGACGGUUUGCGGUGACACGCACGGCCAAUUCUUCGAUCUUCUCGAGAUCUUCCGCCUCAACGGCUACCCUAGCGAUACCCAUGCUUAUCUCUUCAAUGGUGACUUUGUGGACCGUGGAUCGUGGUCGACGGAGAUUGCUCUCCUGCUGUACGCCUACAAGUGGCUGCGCCCCAACGGUAUCUUCCUGAACCGUGGCAACCAUGAGACGGACGACAUGAACAAGGUGUAUGGCUUCGAGGGCGAGUGCAAGGCCAAGUACAAUGAGACGGUGUUCAAGGUCUUCUCCGAGUCCUUCUCGGCUCUGCCGCUGGCUACGUUGAUCGGCAACAAGUACCUUGUGCUCCACGGCGGUCUCUUCUCGGAUGACAACACUACGCUGGAUGAUAUCCGCAAGCUGAACCGCCACAACCAGCGCCAGCCUGGACAGCAGGGCUUGAUGAUGGAGAUGCUGUGGACAGACCCGCAGACCGCGCCCGGUCGUGGACCCAGCAAGCGCGGUGUUGGUCUUCAGUUUGGUCCGGAUGUCACCAAGCGCUUCUGUGAGAAGAACGGUCUGGAAGCGAUCAUCCGUUCGCACGAGGUGCGCAUGGAGGGCUACGAGGUCGAGCACGACGGACGGUGUAUCACCGUCUUCUCUGCGCCGAAGUACUGCGACACCACGGAGAACAAGGGUGCCUUUAUCAAGAUUGGACCCGAGCUCAAGCUUGAGUACCAGGUGUUUGAGGCUGUUCCUCACCCGGAUAUUAAGCCGAUGGCGUAUGCGCAAAACUCUCUCAUGUCGUCGAUGAUGUGA